AGGUGCCAACAAUGGCUGUAGAGAAAGUCUUUGUAUACAACAACACAUCCAUUGUGCAGGAUGAAAUUCUGGCUCAUCGCUUGGGCCUCAUCCCUAUCCGAGCUGACCCUCGACUCUUUGAAUAUAGAAACCAAGGAGAUGAAGAAGGCACAGAAAUUGAUACUCUGCAGUUCCAGCUGAAAAUAAAAUGCAGCCGAAACCCUCAGGCAGCCAAGGAAUCAUCUGAUCCUAAUGAACUAUACUUCAAUCACAAAGUGUACAGUAAACAUAUGACGUGGGUGCCCUUGGGGAAUCAGACAGACCUCUUUCCAGAGGCUGACUUCCGACCUGUUCACGAUGACAUCCUCAUUGCGCUGUUGCGACCUGGCCAAGAAAUAGAUGUGCUCAUGCACUGUGUCAAGGGUAUAGGUAAAGAUCAUGCCAAGUUUUCUCCCGUGGCCACGGCUAGUUAUCGACUGCUUCCUGACAUUACUCUCCUGCAGCCUAUUGAGGAUGAGGCAGCUGAAUUGUUGCAGAAGUGCUUUUCCCCUGGAGUCAUUGAGAUCCAGAAUAUCAAAGGAAGAAAGGUGGCAAGAGUAGCCAAUGCACGGUUGGACACGUUCAGCAGAGAAGUUUUCCGUCAUGAGAGUCUGAAAAACCUUGUGCGCCUGGCAAGAGUACGAAACCAUUACAUCUUUUCAGUGGAAUCGACGGGUAUCUUGCCUCCAGAUGUGCUGGUGAGCGAAGCCAUCAAGAUCCUGAUGGGAAAGUGUCAGCGCUUCCUGAAUGAGCUGGACUCUGUGCCUAUGGAGUGACCAGGCUGUAGCUGGGAAGCAUCUCCCUGCACUGCUGCUCUGGGCUUCCUGCACCUGCCUGCAGGGGGGGAUUCUUCUUCCAUAGGCAAGAGGUUUGAGAUGGGCUUGUUAAGAGUCCUCAGACCACCUCUUUGAAUUUGUUUUCUGUUGGUAAGGAGCCUCAGUGAGGAGUUGCACUAAAAUAAAGGCUUUUCUUUAC